AUGAUAGAAUCGGAACCUAAUGGAUUGUUUGCAAUGGUGGAACUCAACUACCAAGGGGUAUUUAAUCGAAAUCCUUUCUCUUACACUGGUGGUGUGAAAACCAUGUUCACUGAUGUUGACUUUUCUUCUAUGAUUUAUUAUGAGUUUGUGACCUUCUACGAACGUUUCAUGCAUGAAGAGUGUAAAAAGUUUUACUACUGUGAACUAGGCAAUUCCCUGAUGGAAAGGCUUAAUCCCAUUUCAAAUGAUGUGGAAUAUGUUGCUUUUAUUUUUGAUGCUUAUGGAACAGAUGGUGUAAUUUCGGUUUAUGUGGAUCAUAUUGGGGUUGGUGUUGAUGGGUGGCUUGAUGAUGAAGAUAAUGAUGAUGAUGAACAUGAGACUUGUAUUGAUGGUGAAAAUGAAGAUAACAUAGAUGAGCUUAAGAAGGUUGCCUUUGAAAUUAAUGAGGAUAUAAUGCAUAUGAAUAGGACAUCAAAUGAUCCCUUCUUGAGUAAGUUAUGUGUUGAUGAUGAAGAGGAUAACUACAUUGUAGAUGAUGACAAUGGGAGAGUAGUUGAACUUAACAUUCAAACUCAUUCCAUAUUUAAUGAGCUAUUACACUGGAAAAAACAAAAAUCAAUUAUAGGGAUGAGAUUUAAGGGUCCAAGGCAAGUAAAAUCAAUGUUGUGUAACUAUGCUGUAGCUAAUGGGUAUCAACUGUGUUUUGAAAAAAAAAAAUUAUAG